UUCAAUACGAAUAUCUUCCUAGGAAUCCCAUUCCGUGUUUUCCUGCGCGCCAUUAUUAAGCGCUAUCUAGCGCAUAGGAAUAAUUUGGCAAAAUUAAAUAACAGGACCUUAUAAGAAAUCGGCGAAAAUAAGGGUACAGGGGGAUAACGUUUUGCAUUAUUUUGAAUAGUCAGAAUAUGAGAAGACACCUCGGAUGGAGUUAUUUCAGCCGCAUUUCUGUGCUGCAUAUGAUGUGUUUUUCAUUGGCUAUGCUGCGUCCACGGACCGUUAUAUUUUAGGCUGACUGGUUGUGUAGCAGUCUACUCGUGCAAUACACCGCUCAAAACAUCUCAUAAUUAUUUUUCCUACACGUGGAGGAUCAAAACUGCACAGAGAAUGCUUAAACAUGGGAUAGGCCUAUGCGUUUUAUGUGGUCAGUAUUUAUCUGCUACGAUUUUGAAGAUCCGACAAACAGCGGCUCAGUAUGCAGUCCUUCUCAAUCGCGUCAUAGCCCACUUCUGCUGAAUGCAAAGAAAGACAGACUUGAGACUCUUUAAAUAUUUAAGGAUGUGGACUCUUCGAAACUGAAGAUAUACUAGUCUCUUUGUUUAACAUAUUCUAUGCAUGAUCUUCUAUCAAUACAUUUUAAACAGAGAAGUCACGGAUGAGAGCCCAUGACCAGGCUCCAAAAUUACCCCGAACGAGGACGCAGCCCUACAAUUACUCCAAUGCGAAAUGCACCAGCUUCUCCAGGUGGAAUGUCGUCUACGGUAUAUAUAUAUUUUGAAAAUGCCUUCAUAAACACAAAUCUACAUUGAACCUUAUUGCGCAUCACAAAGAGGAGGACUCCUGAAUUUGUCCUGAUUAAUUCCAAAAACACUGCUAUUUGGAUCCCGGACAUCAACAACUUUAAUGGCUUUUGUGUUCAGACGAUGGAGAGUGUUAUUGGUGCUGAACGUGAUUGCGGUUGCGGGGUUCAUGACGCUUUGGACCAAGUGCACCCACAACCGAGUGACAAAAACCACCGGUCAGGACGAUGUGAAAAGACAAUCACGCUCUAACGGCACGGCUCAAGGUUUGAGCAUCAGUCAUGAAGUAUUACUAAAGAGACUCGGGUCAUUGGAGGACGUGGUCUACAGACAGCUUAAUGGUCUGUCCAAGUCGCUGGGGCUGAUUGAGGGUUUCGGGGGGCGAGGUAAAGGGGGCCUCCCCGCCACCCUAGCCACAAAAGAAGAGGAUGACGCAAAAGUACUGAGAGAAAAGUAUGGAUACAACGCUUACCUCAGCCAAAAGAUAUCACUGGAUCGGUCCAUACCAGACUACCGGCCCAGCAAGUGUAAAAAGGCCAGCUUCCCCAGGGAUCUUCCAAACAUCUCCCUUAUCUUUAUCUUUGUCAACGAGGCGUUGUCAGUAAUCCUCCGCUCGGUCCACUCAGCUGUCAAUCACACACCGGCUCACCUCCUCAAAGAGAUCAUCUUGGUGGACGACUACAGCGAUGAUGAACAACUGAAAGGGCCAUUGGAGGAUUAUGUAAACAAGCGUUACCCAGGCCUGGUGAAAAUGGUGAGGAACCAGAAGCGUGAGGGACUGAUCCGUGCCCGCAUCGAGGGCUGGAAGGCAGCCAGUGGCGAGGUGACUGGAUUCUUCGAUGCCCACGUUGAGUUCACACCCUCCUGGGCUGAGCCGGUUCUGACCAGAAUCAAAGAGGACCACAAGAGGAUCAUCCUGCCCUCCAUCGAUAACAUCAAGCAUGAGACGUUUGAGCUGGAGCGCUACGAGAACUCUGGCCAUGGCUACAACUGGGAGCUGUGGUGCAUGUACAUCAACCCCCCCAAACAGUGGUGGGAUGACGGGGACACCUCCGCACCCAUUAGAACUCCUGCAAUGAUUGGUUGCUCCUUUGUGGUGAACCGGGACUACUUUGGGAACCUGGGGCUGCUGGACUCUGGCAUGGACGUCUACGGAGGAGAGAACAUCGAACUGGGGAUCAAGGUGUGGCUGUGUGGGGGCAGUAUGGAGGUGCUGCCCUGCUCCAGGGUGGCUCACAUUGCCAGGAUGAAGAAGCCCUACCACAGCAACAUAGCCUCCAGCACGCGGCGUAAUGCCCUGCGUGUGGCCGAGGUCUGGAUGGACCAGUUUAAGUCGCAUGUCUACCUGGCUUGGAACAUCCCAAUGGAGAACCAUGGGAUAGACUAUGGAGACAUCUCUCAGAGGGUAGCAUUGAGGAAAUCUCUGCAAUGUAAGAACUUUGAGUGGUACCUGGACAACGUCUAUCCAGAGAUGAGGAGGUACAACAACACCGUCUUUUAUGGGGAGAUUCGUAGUAGCAAAGCGACCCAUCUGUGUAUGGACCAGGGAGAGAAGGUGAACCACACAGCCACCCUGCACCCCUGUCACGGAAUGGGACCCCAGUUGGGUCGGUACACCAAGGAGGGACAGUUUUUCCUCGGUGCUCUGGGCAGUACAGGGGAGGAAACACGCUGUCUGAUGGACGAUCAGGUCUCCAAUUUUCCUCAGCUCCUCAACUGUGACAAAGUCUCCAACACCAGGCUGACCACAUGGCACUUCUCUCAGAACGACUCAAUCAUCAACAGAGCCACGGGUCGCUGUCUGGAGGUGAUACAGGCGAACGUUUACUUCGGACACUCACUGGUGCUUCAGACCUGCUCUGGACAGAAGUGGAACAUCAAAAACACAAUGAAGCAGUAGCCACAGCAUGAUGCAGAAUUAUUAUUUGACCAAGAUAGUGUUAUUGUACUGAAUUGAAUCAGUUGUCAUACUGUAUUAUUAAAAUUCUUCAGUUGGUGUUUUCCAAGAUUGUCUUCCAAUAAACUGCUGGUCUGAUGGUUUAAAAAAAAAAAA